AAUCAUAUUCUGAUAUGACCUGCUAUUUAUUCUCAAACUGCGAGGCUGAAAGUUCGCCAAGUUGAUAGUUUCAAUUUAACUUUAGGUUUCUGGAUUAUCGGAUCAUUAAAUGUUCGAAUCUCGUUACGGAGCUUUAUCUCACAUGGUUUUAGCUGGGCGUAGGCCAUCGUUGCCCCCAUUUAGCGGCUCAUAUUCCCACUUUUGUGGGGCGGGUUAUUAAGGUGGGCUGGCACUGGAGUGCGGCAGUGCAGGGGGAGUGCUCGAGGGGGCCGACCAGUGCCGACAAGAGGAGGACCGAGUGGAGUGCACUGUGGCUGCCUGGACGCUUAUCAGCGAAACGCUCGAUUCAGCGACUUGCAUUCAUUCAGUCCGCUGUCACCGGGCGUGCAACAGUACGGCACAGGGAGAUCGAACCUGAUUGGAUCGGAGCGAAUUGAAUCGACCUAGGUAUAAUUCAACCGGAGCGGAAUGAGCCGUAACAACGUGAUCUGCACGAUCUGCUCGGAGCGGUUUCGCACCUCGGACAACAUACAAGCCGGCAGCUGCGGGCACGCGUUCCACGAGGACUGCCUAGACCACUGGAGGAAGCAAUCAAGAACUUGCCCUAUCUGCCGCAGCCAGGAUGCCGCGUACUUUCAGCUUUAUCUGGACUUUGAGGAGUUACCGGAAGGCGCAUCGGGUCAGGGUGGCAGUUGGGGCCGCCAUAAUCGGAGCCAAGGUCACAGCAGCAGCAACAACAACAACAGUAACGACAACAGCAGCAGUGACGAUUAUAUUGGAAUUAUGAGGGAGUACGAGAAUCUGCUUUACGAGACGGGCGUGUACCGGGAAGAGAUCGAAUAUCUUAAUCAGCGGAUCGGAGCCCUUACUGUCCUCAAUGCUGAACUCAGCAAGCAUGGAUAUUCGGAUUCGGAUGUUGAUUAAAAGCCGCAAACAAACAAACGAGAGUCGCAUUUGCUUAUCGUACUAUUCGCCUGAAAGCUAAUCGAAACCGAAUCUCAAGUAAUUUUGAAGCCGACAGGCAAAACCUAAAAGGCUGAGCUAAACAAAAGAACUCGAUACAUUUGAUUAGAAAGGAAGAAACAAGAUGAGAAAAGCAAAAAAAAAAAAUAAAUUGUUUAUGGUUGAGGCCCCAAAUCGCGAUAUCAGAAAAUUAAACUGAUAUAAAAUUUCACAUUUUAGUGUAUACCAAUAAUUAAAUAAAUAUUAAAAAUGUAUGUCCUGGGUCAAUUUAGAUGUGGAAACUCUAUUUCCAUUCCCUCAAACUGUUGUAAGCUUUUUAAUUUGAUAGUGUUAAACAAAUUUUUAUCUAUUUAAAUUUUGAAUCUCCCCUUUUUGUUCUAAACCGGUAUCGAAUU